GUCAUGUCUACAAGCAUCAUUUGUGACUAUGGGGUUAGUUACCAGUUGGUUAGAAUGUAACCGUCUAUCACAGACCUUGCUAUGCCACGUUAAUCAGGGAUAGGAUAGUUAAGCUCAUCCAAGCCUCGACGGACUCCAAUUGUCCAUAAAAUGCUCGCCUCCCCGUGCUGUUCAGUCCGGUCGUAUUUUUGUUUCUUCACACAUCCACAUCAGCCCCAACCGACAACCUUUCCUUUCUAGGUCGAUUCUUGUUCUUAAGAGCUGUGCUCAUACCUUCUUUACGCUGUAUUAUUUCGUCACUCGACAACUUUAUUUCAACCUUCUCUAUUUUCUGUAAAGUGUCUGGAUAUACACUCUUUUCAACAUGAAGAACUUCGGUGCUAUUUUAAUGGCCUUGGCCACAGCCGCCUCUUUCGUUGCUGCCUUACCAACUGAGCAACCCCAGGGAGCUCUCCAAGCCCGCGCCCCUAGGGAAUUCGCUCUGGAUGUCAGAUUCCCCAAGAAGAAGCAUAACGGUGCUGCUAAGAAUGGAACUGCUGCCGCCGUCGAGGCUGGCGCCGUCAACAAUGGAACUGGCAAUGCCGCAGACGAUGCCAACCAAGGCAAGAAGGGCAAGGGCAAGGGUAACGACAACGCCCAAGGUGCACAGGACGGCGCUGCUGCGGAUGCCGCUGCAGGUGCAGACGCUAGCGCAGGCCAGCAAAGCGGUAACCAGCUCACCGACUUGCUCGGAAGCCUUCUCGGCGCCGCCAGUGGUGGUGCUGCUAGUGCGAACCCUCUCGCAGGUCUCCUUGGUGGUGACGCUGCCGCCGGUGGUGCUGCUUCCGGCCAGAACGGUCUAGAUAGUCUUUUACAAGGUCUCUUAGGAAAGCUAGGAGCUAAAUAAGAGCUUUCCUACUCUUAGAAUGAGGGUAUCUUGUAAAUAUAGGCUAUAGAUGGGGUUAUCAGGGCUUUCCGGGAUUGUUACGGCUAAUGACGGAUACAACGGUCGAGGAUCUUCUAGCAAGUCUAGACAUGUCGAUCAGGUGUACUAUUAUCACCACAGGAAUCUGACGUUUUGUGUCAGGGGUUGAUUUGGGGUUUUUCGAACUGUGCCUUUUGAAAGAAGUUAGCAACAAGAACACCAAUAGAAAGUUGUGGAUGUGGGAAACAAUUCUCGUCGGGCUUGGGAGCCUGUUCCAGUAUCAUUUGUGAAUGUGUUCUGCUGCUAGUUAUUGUUUUGUUCGAGUUGAGAGCAAGCGCCUAGUUCCUUGGUAGGUUAUCUUUCUAGGAAGUAUGAGGUCUCGA